GUAAAAUAUUGAGUUAUCAGCCUCGGUUUCAUGCAAGCAAUAUAAUGCGUGUUAAAAUGCACUUGGACCUAGGCACAGAGCACAUAUAUCUCCCACAGCAGAGGAUACGCGACAGCUACAAGAGUCAUGGGAGGAAAAUCAUCCAGGGAAAGGGUCCCCACUCCUCCACCGACAGAGAAAUGGGGGGCAGACGUCACUUUGAACUGGACACCAGAGGGAGAAAAUGACUUUCGCCGUCGCAUAGCCGAAGUCACAACCAGAGACGGGCAUGUGGUGAUUCUGUUUGGUCAGACUGGAUUUGGUAAAUCGUCUUUUGGCAAUGGAAUUCGAACUUCCAUCAGACGGGAAAGGAAAGUCUCCAAUUAUUUUCCUGUGGGAAUUAACACACAUGGCAGCUACACUAAAGCUCUGAACAGUGACGGUUACUGCCGUAGAUAUUGUCAAGAUAAAUGCACUUGCCAGCCGUAUUUAUGGGUAAUUGACAUGCCAGGCUUGUUCAACAGUGACGCGAUCACAGACGAGAGUAUUGAGAAGAUUGUCACAGGACAGGUUCCUUUCUAUGCAGAAGUGAAACCAACGCUUGAGGCUAUGGAUAGUUCACAGAUCCUCCCGCCACAGGAGAGGGUCAAGGCGUCAUGCGUAGUUCUUGUCCUUAAAGCAGGAGUUGCUGUAGGCGAUGAUGUAAAGCGACAGAUUGGUGUGCUGAGAACGCUACAUUCACGAGGGGUUCUGUCAGUCCAUGUGAUCCUGACACACAUCGAUGCGGUGGAACCACUGUUGAAGGAUUCCGACAAUAUUCCAUACGUGUUUAACUCGGAGGAGGUUCGGGCUGCGGUGAGGUUUGCUUCUACGGAGACAGGGUUACCUCAAACCUGUAUCAGCGUGGUGAAGAACUACACAGUUGAAAACGCCACCAACACCAACAGCAGUAUCCUGUUCCUACAUGCCCUGGAGAACAUCCUGCUCGCUGCUAGAGACACACUUGAACGGGAUGAGACGAAAAACAGAAUGCGAAAACAGCUGUACGCAAGAGGCACACAUCCACAAUGAACGAUAUAUAUAUAUACCCACGAAGUAUUGAUUCUGACAACUAUAGGUGUCUACCCUCCCUGACAAACUGCACCUUAGAUAAUCUGUCUCCACCGUUUUAGUGAAAUAAUGAAUGUUGAAUAUUAAUACCUAUACUUUAUUCUGAAUGAAAGCAAAACAAAACAGUAUGAGAAAAAAGUCAUGGCAAUUUCUAAACGUGAGAAUUAUAUUUAUACAGCGUCUCGUAAAAUGCCUCGUCUUCAUGCAACAUAGCUUGAGGCAUAACUAACGCUUUGUUUCAUGUACUCUGCUGCUUCAAGAAUCAAUAAACAAUCACAUUCUGUUGCAAUUACAUCUACGUCAAUAACAGUCAACCUAUUUAUAAAACGAAGACCAAAUUCACGUAUCUUAUUCACCAAAUCCUCGGCAUUCAGUUUAAGAUUAAUAGUUGAAGAAAAUAUCUGUGUUAUGUCCAGACUACAUGUUUUCAGUACGACUGCCACAGUCAGUUUCAAACCAAUAAAACUAUUUCAAUUAGCAUUGAGAUUCAGACUCUUUGGUUCCUGAAGAAAUGAUGUUUACAGUGUUUAACUUUGAUACGGCAUGGGCAGGGUGUCAAGGUCAAAAUAUCUUAAACAAACGUAACAUAUAUGAUAACCUUAAAUCGGAUUCAAACCCUUCAUAAAUGUCAUCAAAAAUUCGAGUCUCGUCUUUAAUGUUUAGAAGAGGUGUUUUGGCCGAAAUAAAUACUGACAUCCCCAAACCCCGCAAUUUGACUUGCAAAGUGAUGUACAUACUUAUCAAAUUAUUUUUUUUUGUUUUAACAAAAUCAGCUGUGCGGCGUGUGGUAACAAACACACACUAUUUGCAAGACAUAUAUGAUUUGUAGAAGUUGUAUUUUGCGUAUUACUAAUAGUAUGAAUAAUAAAAAGUAUAUAUUCA